UGCCUUCAACGACGCUUCUGUUUUGCUAUCUAUCUUUGAACGAUCCGUCCAUUCCGCCAAUGCUUCAUCGCAUGAGGACUCGCCGAUCAUCACUGAAGACGUGGGAGGAAUUUGUUUGGGACAAUUAGGGUUACAACAAUCAGCUCAGUGGCUGACUGACUAUCGAUCCUUCUCCAAGGAAAUUGUUGCACGAUCGUAUACGAGGGUGGUUAGGUGGAUGCAGUGAAUGAGCACUCUGGAGAUUGUGCCGAAGAUUUAGAGCACGCUUGAUUGAAUCGAUCGAGUCGAUUGCCUAUUGGAGCGAUUGCGCAAGUGGAACAUUGACUUAGGUUUUGACAGAUUCUAGGUUGUGAGAAUGGAGAUGUCUGCAACAGGGACAGCCAAGGUGGACUUGGACGCCCUCAUGGCUUCCUUCAAUGAGCGAAUCAAUCUGCUUCGGAAUCUCACGCUCGUGCGCAGUGGAGGUUCACAUGUAGGAGAAUUAAAGUCUUUGGAUACAGCUCUGAGCACAGCAGAGCACCACUUGCGAGUCAUCAAAGCCUUCAUGAAGCGGGAGGCUGAGUCGUUGGCUAAAGUGCAGGUGUUAGUUGAACUUUCUUCGCAACAAACAGCAAAAUUGCAACAGAUUUGUUCCAAUUUACCAGCCCGCUUGCCUGGAAACGAGAUGCAUGUGGAGCCAGCUGUCGCUAGCUCUACGUCGAAUCCUCAGAAAGCCAAUAAUUCUACAGCUGUCCCUGCAAAGACUGCUCCUCCAAAAGAAAAGAGAGGCAAAGAACCACCCCCUCGAUGGUACGUGAGUGUGGAUGAGCUUUCAUCACUUUCAAGUUAUAUGAGAGGUCGUCUCACACUUGAGAAGUUAAAUACUGCUAUUGAUGAAAUGGCUACAUUUGCGACUGGAAAUGCUAAACUUCUCACUGCUCCUAGACAAAAGCUCGGCGAAGAAGGAUGGAAUAGAGUUUUGGAACUCCGAGAUAUAGCAAUUGCGGAAAAUGUCAAAGGGAAACAUUUUUUCUUGGAAUCAGAUUUGAAGGGUGAAGUCCUCAAAUUGGAUCACACCGGAAAAGCAGUGUUAACUGUUUUGCGACACCUUGGUCGAAUCAAUGAAAUUCGCUGUGGUCGGAACCGAGUUUUUUCUAUAAAUAGAAACUGAGUCGUGAAAAAAAAGGCAGUGGAAUGUUUCGUAAAUGGAGUUUUUCGCUCAAAGCUCACUGUGGUCGUUCCUCAAGAUUCAUCUGCUUCAUACUUGCAGUUAAUUUGAGACACCGUUCAACCAACAUAAGUUACUCUAGUUGGCCACAACCACCUGAAGUUGACCAGGUAUUUACAUUAUGGAUGCCUUGUUUCAUUAGUACGGUAUGGAAGCCCUCUUCCAUCUGGAUCAUCUGAAGUUGAUUUAAUUUUUGACCAAGGGCAAGAAAUGUGUUGCAGCCGUGACUUCUCAACACGAGCAUCUAAGGAAGCGUUGCUGACACUCUAUUCGUAGUUUCCAAUCGCGAGAAGUCUGUGUGUGAAGCUACUGUACUCUUAGAUGGCACACGUGAACAUGGGGACGUUUCCAGACAUUUCGACAUCCAUUUGAAGUACUCCACUUUCACAUGCGGACCUGGAAUGGACAGACCCAGAAUACAGAGUUGAAUCCAAUAUCUGAAACUGCCCACAAAAUGCUGGUACCUUGAAAUAUUGGCUAUUGACAGUGUUCGAAUGCUUAGCCUUUGGCUAGCUGUUCAAUAUAAGCCAAGAGUUAUUGCCGCACUUGCUUCCAAAGUCAUUUGUGCUAAAUAAAUGUUAGAUGUAUUUACUUAACAUUUGCGACAGAUUACUUGUUCAGAUUUGGUGGAGCUGUCUCCUUGUAGUUUUUGAAGUUCAUUUAACUUACUACUGCAUAUAUGUACGUUAUCCUGAGUGAUUUAUUUUGGUGCACCCACGCGUUUUACAAAAGGGCAUGGUGAGGCUGCUGUGCAGAGUGUAAGAUCUGCCAAUUUGACA